GUCGUCACUGCACGCCAGACCCGGUGCAAUGCAUGCUGCCGAUAUGGUGCAUUUGCGCCCUUUGAACCGCAGCAUACCGUUCUACAUGCUCUUCUUGAGUGACACACCAAGUCGGCGUGACGAGGAUGACGGCGAUGCUGCGAGCAGCAUAGAUCUUAGGAGUGCUGCACAAGGCGGAGGCGGAGGUGACGGGGUUAGGGAUGCUUCAAGCGGCGUGGGAGCGUGAGGAGCUGCUGCGCGUGCGUCCUGUGGACCGUGCUCCGGUGAUGCGUCUGUCGCGGACGAUCGACUCCGUUGAUGACUACGACGCGUAUCACUAAACCGCGGGGCAGCGGUAGUCGGAGGAGGAGGUCCUUGGCCUUCGUGCUGUGUGUUCACCGAAACUCUGGCGAGGGGAGCGGCCCUUGCCGGAGGACUCGUGUUGCCAUGAACACCCGGCAACUGAACCGGGCCAGCCUUCUCAUGCGGACGUUGACCUCCAUCGUUCUCCAUGAUUGUUUAGCAGCGGUUGUGAGUGUAAUGUGGUGGUAGCCUUGCGGUGGGGGUGGAGGCGGA